UUGCAACUUUCCCACAUCGUCCUUUUGUCCUCCUCCAACCCCACUGUUGUCGAUCCUCUUUCUCCAGGACCUCUUCAAUCUUGCCGCCUUUACUUCCCUCUGCGCGGUCCUUCCCAUUUUUACUUCUUCAUUCUCGUGUGUUCUUUAAUACACUUCCCCUCCCGGUUGGUUUAUGGGUGUUGGCGUUUCGAGGCUCCUGUCGUCUUUUUAAGCUGUGCAUCUUAGUUUUCUUUGGCAACCAUGUCAAGCUUCCAAGAACUGGACUCUGUCAUCGAUGAUGACGAUGAGUUUUGCCCCCUUUGCAUCGAGGAGUUCGAUCUGUCCGAUAAAAACUUUAAGCCUUGUCCCUGUGGAUAUCAGAUCUGCCAAUUCUGCUACAACAAUAUCAAAACCCACAGUGAAGAAGGCCGAUGCCCCAACUGCAGACGGGCUUAUGAUGAAAGUACCAUACAAUACAAGGUUCCUGAUGCCGACGAAUUCAAGGCCGACUUGGCAUUGAAACAUCGGAAGGCUGCCGCCGCGAAGAAAAAGGAAGCCGAAAAGCGCGAAAUCGAGGCUUCCAGUCGGAAAAAUCUGGCUGGCGUUCGGGUUGUCCAGAAAAACCUGGUUUACGUGAUCGGCCUCAACCCUACGAUACGUGACGAGAACCAGCUCCUCCAAACCCUGCGCGGAAGGGAAUACUUUGGUCAGUAUGGUGAGAUUGAGAAGAUUGUUGUCAGCAAAGCAAAGCCGGGCGGAAAUCCAAACCAGGGUAUCGGUGUCUAUGUUACUUAUGCGACAAAGAACGAUGCCGCUACCUGUAUCGCUGCUGUCGAUGGGUCUGGCAACGGUGACCGGGUCUUGAGGGCGCAAUAUGGAACAACCAAGUAUUGCUCUUCAUUCCUCCGCAACGAGCAGUGCAACAACAGGAACUGUACCUUCUUGCACGAGACCGGCGAAGACAGCGAAAGCUACAGCCGACAAGAUCUGUCGUCGAUGAAUACGAUCUCUACCCAACGAUCUGGCCAUCCGAAUGGAACAUCCAGUGGCCCCGGCCAUACCGUUGUCCACCCCUCCUACAUCACUCAUUCCCGAUCGUCCGCCCAACCUAUCUCCCAACCGAUGCGCCGUCAGCCGAGCAAGGACGAUGCUUCUGGUGGCCGCCCACCUGAUGGAUCCGCUUUGCCCUCGUCGGCCAGCUGGGCAAACAAGGACUCCGCGAUCCAUCGUGCAAGACGAGCCAGCCUCACGGGAAGUCAGGCUUCCAAUAGCCCCCGACCCACAAAUGCCACGGUUGCCUCAGCGCCAGAUGAAGGGAAACGCAGCGAGAAACAGCCUCAGCCGCAGCAGCAGCCGCAGCCUGCUCAAGACGUGCGAAAAACACCGUCGCCAACCACUGCGCGCUCUUCAACGCCUCCAUCUGCUUCGCGCGAGGCCAAACCACCCAAGGAUGAGGAAGCUCCUCUUUUGGACAACUUGCUUAAAGCAGUCAACUCUCCUGACUUUAAAUUUGUGUUCUCUGCCGCAGGCUUACCAGCUGAAGAGAUUGCGUUGAUCGAGAAUCAUCCCUCGUUUAUCGAUCCAUAUGGUGGUGUCAAGCGCAGGGCAAUGCGGGAAAAGGCUGAGCAAGAACGUGCAAAAAGAGAACAGGAACUGUUGCAAACUGCAGUGGCUGAAGAAGAAAGCCGGGAAAGUGGGAGUUUGCAACUUGGUGGUGAACCCGAUGAUCUCAAUCCCCCACGAGGUCGUACUAGCCGUGAAUCGCAUGGUGCCAUCCAACCACCGUCCCAACAUGGCACUACAUCCAACUCAGUUGUAGGCUCUCCUGUCUCAGCCACGAGCCAUCAAUUCCAGAACUUGAAUCUCGGUGGCCGGAGUUUGACCCCUCUUCAACAACAACAGUUGAUGCUUCUCAAGUCUGCCAACACCCAGCAGGCUGGCCUGGUGGACCCACUGCAGAACGGUCUUGGUUCCGCUGCCCUUGAUCAAGCAGCUCAGGUCCGGCAGGGGCUUAUCCAGAGUCAGAUGGCGCAAUUCAAUGCGUUGCAGGCACAGAACCGACAGUCGUCCCGGUUUUCCUUCGCUAACGAGGCCGGUGCCAAGAACCUCCCAAAUGUCAGAAUGCUGAACCAGCAGGCAUCUCUGAUGCAGUCUGCCACCCCGAACCCUCUCGCCGCGCCCAGCCCACAACACGGGCUUGCGAACAGUUUCUAUACCAGUGGCGUUCAGGGACCUCCACCAGGGUUGAAGACAGCCGGUACUCCCCCUAUCAGCGGAGGUGGAAUGUUUGCUCAGGGCCAUGGAUUUACUACGAACAACCUUGGCUUGGGAGCCAAUAUCGGAAAGCAGGAAGCCAAUCCGGAGCUGAUGCGCGAAUUGCUACGGGGCCGUGGCACCAAUGUUGGUGGUUUGCAAGGGCAGGAGGCCGCUAAGCGUGAGUUCAUGUUUCCUUUCCUUCAGCAGCACCAAACCCCCCCUCCCCUGACUCCCGCAAAUGGCCUUCUCAGCUCUUUCUAUGGCUCUCAGACGGGGACCUACUCCGAUUCUGGGUCACAGAAGCAGAAGAAGAAGGGGAAGAAGCACAGACACGCUAACACUUCCUCCGGAGGAGGCGGUGUAGUAGAUCUUGCGGACCCGAGUAUCUUGCAGGCGAGAAUGCAUCAGGUCGGUGCGAAUGCCACUGCUGGGCAAGCGCUAUACGGGAGUCAGGGUCAAGUUGACGAAGAAUUCCCUCCACUUGGUGCACAGCCCAAGGAACGACGUCCUGUUGACAGCUUUGGCUUUCUUUUCCGGUCUCAUCUUCCCAGUGAAGGAUCGGCAAUUCGCUCUGGAACCCCAACUCUCCCUCCUGGACUUCCAUUACCGCAUGCACACCCGGCAUCCACGCUCUUUCAGAGUGAAAUGAACUCUUCAAGCCCUACCACGUCGGUGUCAAUUCCAGCUCCUGACCUCACCCAAGCAUUCCCUCCCGGUACACCAUCUCAAAAGCUUCAAGACCCUAUCUCUCGCCAGUCAUCUCCUGGUCGAAAAGAUACCCCUGACAAUAUACCGACCUCCAACAGGGUCAAAAAUCUUUCAGAGAUAUCUUUAGGCUCCCCAGUGCCAAAAUCAGCCAGCAAAACUCGAAACCCAUCCAAGAAUGAUUUGUCGGUUUCACUCGACAGAAAAGACAUUUAUUCCAAGACGGGAGAUGCUGGUGAACACAAACCAUCUGCUAAAGUCAAGCCUAUCAAGCUGGACCUACCAUUGAACACAUCUCAGCUGCACGAAGUGUCUCCCACAAGGGCCGAAUCGUCAGCCCAAGCACCACCAUCCGCCAUCGGCUCCCGACCCAAUACUCCCUUGACGGGUGUUUCUCGUGGAUCGGAUUCAUCGGCUCUCCGUCAACCUAGAGUCCUUCGUGUGGUCGAUACUCCGAAGGCUGAGACCCCCCCUCCUGCUUCCGCUGCUCAGUCCAUAUCAUCCUCCAUGGCGGCAGCGACUAAAGCACGAUCCAGAAGGCCGAGCAUAUCGUCACUUAGCAGGCCAGAUACGCCGGGGGAUCUGAAUUCUGAAGCUGAUCUUUACACUUCGGCCUCGGUUUCCCGUGCUAACUCUCCUCCUGCCUCGUCUCGGAUCGGCUCUGCUCCUGUUCGGUCCAUGACAAAGAGUCAAGUGAAAAAGGAAAGACGCCAGAAAGCUAAAGAAGCUGAGGCUAAGAAGCAUGAAACCUCUGCCGUGCCAGAAGAGCCAGUUCAGGCACCUAUCAUGGGCAGAAAGCGUAAAACCAAGAAAGCCCCAGCAACCAACACAGAAUCGUCAAACGUAGCCACGGAAAAUGUUCCCGAGUCUGGAAAGUCCACCAAGACUACCCAGGAAACCGUGGAGAAACCCGAGCAGAAGGAGGAGGAUGUGAAACAGACCAAGCCAAAGGAAAAGCAGGAGAAGGAUGCAACGCCCAGUCCUUCGGUUGAGGAGAAAAGAUCUGCGGAUGACAAAAUUGCAACUGAGGCCUGGCGAUCGAGGAAUACUGUGGAACAGAUGCUCAAAGACUCUGAAUCCAACGGCGUUCCUGUUAAAGAAUUGCUUACUGAACGAACCUCCCCCCUGCAGACUUUGUUAGCUCAGCUCCACAAGUCCGGCGUCUUGGACCUCAAUAACCACCCCCUUUUCAAUCCGACCAAUCUGAGCCAGCGUUUUGACAUGAAGUGCUCAUCCGACGAUUACGAGAUCCUGAAGCACCCUAUCGAGCUGACAGAAGAACAUCGGAAGGCAUUGCUGCGUGGCGAGCCGGUGCGACUUCAUGGCGACGUGAACGCGUUGAAGGAUCGGUGUCUGAUAAGCCCUCGCGGAUGUGUUCUCCAUCACUUGUCGCCCGAGGAAGAAGAUCGGUAUCUCGCUCUUGAAAAGAGCAUCGCAUGGGCCGUCGAAUCGUUCCAGGAAUACCCUGUGACACCCAUCACGGAACCUGAUGUCACCAACCGUGGCGGAGGUCUUGAUGCUCUCUUCGCAACCCCAGAAAACUUCAAUAUCUGCUGGGUAGAUGAAGCCUCCUCUGGCAUUGGAUCACCAUCUCCCACCACUGGUUUGUCGGCACCUGAAGGCUCCAUUUCCUCCACCUCUGCUCCUCCGAACGUGCUUUCUGCUAUGGAAGCGGACAGCACCCGAAGCCACAACUGGGCAAUCGCCAACACCGCCGAACUUGUCAACGCGACUGCAGCCUCUGUCCGCUCUUUUGCAGCUGCUACUGCGAAGCAUAUGCUUGGAGCCGCAGGUGUCGUCAUGGGAAAUAUUCCAGACUUGGAUGAUGUCGUUGGCAUGACAGAUGAAGAAUUACGCACAUUCGCUAUGAAGUCGCAGAAGGAGCUCGAGGGUUCGCGCAAGGACCUAGAUUCGAUCGACAAGAAGCUCACCGCGCUAGUCAAGCGGAACAAAAAGCUCGCACAGCAGGCUCUCGCCACCACCGUCGAGGUAUAGAGUGAUGGCUAUUCAGCA